CAGAGGAGGGAGUGCCCAGCUCGGCUGUGAGCUCCGGGGGAGAGGGCCAUCCUCAAGGCCAACGCUGUUUGCGGAGGAGGGAGAGGUGGAUGCCUGGCCAAGCCUGGGCCUAAAAUGGACUCCACAGCCAAGGACAAAACGCAGCCGGCACUUCCUCCCGGGCCCGAGUGGCCAGAGCAGGAGAGGGCGGAGCGGCUGGCCCGGGGUGCAGCACUGAAGUGGGCCUCAGGCAUCUUCUACCGGCCAGAGCAACUGGCCAGGCUGGGCCAGUACCGCAGCCGUGAGGUUCAGCGUACCUGCUCCCUGGAAGCACGCAUCAAGUCAGUGGUGCAGUCGUACCUGGAGGGUGUGAAGACUGGUGUGUGUCAGCUGGCGCAGGCCCUUGAGGCCCUUCAAGGAGUACGGGAGGCCCUGGGCCAGGCCCAUGGGUUGCUCCGGGGCACGGCCGAGACUGUACAGACUCUAGAGCCCUUGCGGGAGCAGUUCGCCCAGCACAAGCAACUGCAGGCUCUGUCUCAGCUGCUGCCCCGACUGCGAGCUGUGCCGGCUGCGGUGGCCCACACACAGACCCUGAUUGACGCCCAUCAGCUCUUGGAGGCAUAUGUGGGCCUUCGGGAGCUGGAGCAGCUGCAAGAGGAGACAUGGGCAUCUCUGGGGGGCCUGGAGUUGCCAGUCUUCGAGGGGCUGGGCCCUCUGGCUGAGGCGCUGGGCCAUGCUGUGGAGAUGGCUGUAGGUGCCGCAGGGCAGCUGGCACGGGAGGACCCAGCCCUGUUGGUGGCUGCUGUGCGUGUGGCGGAGGUGGAGGCCAGCCGCACAACCUCCCUUGAGCAGGCCCCCCGGGACUGGCGGCAGCGCUGUCUGCGGGCACUAGAGAAGGGCCUAGAGCGGGUCCACUUUGGAACACCUCUGCUGCCUGGACCAGGGGCCCUAGCAGGGUGGCUGGAGGCUCUGCGGGUGGCUCUACCAGCUGAAUUGGUCACCGCUGAGGCACUAAUAGCACCCUGCUGCCCGCCACACUACAAGGUGGUCCAGCUGUGGGCCCAUACCCUGCAUGGUGGCCUGCGUCGCUGCCUGCAGCAAUUCCUGGAAGGGCCUGAGCUGGGAGCUGCUGACGCCUUCACCUUGCUGCACUGGGCCCUGCAUGUGUACCUGGGGCCAGAAAUGAUGGGGAGUCUGGAACUGGGGCCUGAGGCUGAUGUGUCUCAGCUAGAACCCCUCCUGACCCUGGAGAAUAUCGAGCAGCUAGAGGCAACAUUUGUGACCCACGUCCGGGCGAGUGUGGCACAGUGGCUGCAGAGGGCACUGGAUGGGGAAGUAGCUGAGUGGGGGCAGGAGCAGGAGCCUGACACAGACCCAUCUGGCUUCUACUACUCGCCGAUGCCAGCCAUCGUGCUGCAGAUCCUGGAAGAGAACAUUCAAGUGACCAGCCUGGUCAGUGAGUCACUACAGCGGCGGGCGCAUGGCAUGGCACUGUCAGAACUGGGAACAUUCUUGAGGAGCUUCAAUGAUGCUCUGAUCCGAUUCUCCCGAGAUCACCUCAGAGGGGAAGCAAUGGCCCCUCAUUACGUGUCCUACCUACUGGCUGCCCUCAACCACCAGUCAGCACUCAGCUCCUCCAUGUCCGUCUUGCAGCCCGAUGGGGUGGCUUCUGGGGUCUUGACUCCGGUGCAGGCAGCGCUGGACGAGUUGCAGAGGAGGAUCUGCCGACUGGUAUUGGAAGCGCUGCUGGUGGAGCUCCAGCCCCUGUUCGCGGCUCUACCCUCGCGCCGUUGGCUGUCGAGCCCAGAGGUGCUGGACGAUGUGUGCAAGCGGACAGAGAGCUUCUGCCAGAACUUCUAUCGUGUUCGGAAUCCCGCGUUCCAGGUGCUCCUGGCCGAGACAGAGCGUACUGUGGUGCUGCAGUACCUAUGUGCGCUGAUGCAAGGCCGCCUGGUGUGCCGUGAUGCGGACGAGCGGAACCUGGCAGCCGAACGCCUACAGCAAGAUGCUGCUCAGCUUCGGGAUCUUUUCCUAUGUUUGGGCCUGGAAGAGAGAGUUCAGUGCUCUCCGGUGCUGCUCACCCUGAGAAAGCUGCUGAACCUCAGAGACCCCACAAUGCUUAGCCUUGAGGUGGCAAGCCUUCGGCAACAAUUUCCCGAUGUAAGCCACGAUCACGUCUCCGCCCUCUUGGACCUGCGUGGGGACGUUUCCCAAGAGCAACGCCUAGCCGCACUCAGCUCCCUGCAGGACGGCCCGCAGCCCUCGCCCCCCGCGGGUCACCGCGCACUUUUCAGCCUUGUGCCAGCACCUACGCCCGCUCCAUCCUCCUGCAUCUUCUCGGGGAUCUGUGUCUGACCCCCAGCUACCCGCAGAAUAAAGCUAUGCCCGCUGUA